GUUCGCGACGAGCGUCCAACACAGCGUCGAUACAUCUGGUAGUAUUAACGCAAGCCGUCAACGGAUUUAUUAUUCCUCAGUUCAUUCCACUUAGGCCCAUGAAUGAAUAUAAAGUUUUUUUCGGGAAUUCCCAUGAGUGUCGCUAACCGCUAACGCGAGUGCUAUGUGGGCCGAAAUGUCCGCCUUUUAUCUCAUUUCUGAUAAGUUAUUUUGCGAAAUAUGAAUAUCGCAGCGUUCGGGUUCGCUCUUUGUGUGCUUGUUCCAGUUUUUUCAAUAUGUGCGAUUCUUGAGUCAGAUCAGUUCCAGAGUCGAAUAGAAAUCCAGCGACAUGACGGAUGGUUCAAUAACCUAGCGCAUCCAGAUUGGGGCUCUGUAGACAGCCACCUAGUUCGUCGUGCUCCCGCAGCCUACUCCGAUGGUGUCUACAUGGUCGGAGGGCAAGGCCGGCCCAGUCCACGUCGUCUCAGCCGCCUUUUUAUGGGCGGCACCGAUGGCCUGCCCUCCACCAAAAAUCGAACUGCCCUUUUGGCCUUCUUUGGUCAACUGGUCAGUGCUGAAGUGGCCAUGGCCAGCGAGAGUGGCUGUCCGAUAGAGAUGCAUCGAAUAGAUGUAGAACGGUGUGACGAGAUGUAUGAUAAGGAGUGCCGAGGAGAUAAGUUCAUCCCGUUUCAUAGGGCCGGAUAUGAUAGGAAGACGGGGCAGAGCCCUAAUUCGCCCAGGGAACAGAUGAACCAAGUGUCGAGCUGGAUAGACGGUAGCUUCAUCUACAGUACCAGCGAACCAUGGGUGAACACAAUGAGGUCGUUCGAGAAUGGUUCCUUGCUGACUGAUAGUACGGGUACCAUGCCAAUACGUAAUACCAUGAGGGUACCAUUAUUCAAUAACCCUGUGCCUCAUAUAAUGAAGACCUUCAGCACCGAAAAUCUAUUUUUGCUGGGUGACCCAAGGACAAACCAAAAUCCGGCGCUGUUGGCCCUCAGCAUCCUAUUCUAUAGAUGGCACAACACAGUGGCGUCCCGGAUACAGACUCACAACCCUGACUGGAGCGACGAAGAUGUUUUCCAGAAAGCCAGGAGGAUUGUCAUUGCUACGCUGCAAAACAUAAUCAUUUACGAGUAUCUGCCAGCCUUCCUAGGGGAGCCCCUGCCCCCUUACGAGGGGUACAAGCCAGACGUUCAUCCAGGAGUAACACAUGUGUUUCAGAGUGCCGCCUUUAGGUUCGGACAUUCUCUGAUACCUCCGGGACUGUACAGGAGAGACGCCCAGUGCAACUUCAAGAAGACCGCUAUGGGGCAUAUGGCUAUCAGGUUGUGUUCAACGUGGUGGGACUCUAAUGGCAUCCUGUCAAACAACUCAAUUGAAGAGCUAUUGAUGGGCAUGACAUCACAGCUAGCAGAGCGAGAAGAUUCAGUGCUUUGUUCUGAUGUCAGAGAUAAGCUUUUUGGGCCGAUGGAAUUUUCUAGAAGAGAUUUAGGAGCACUCAAUAUCAUGCGUGGAAGGGAUAAUGGUUUACCUGACUACAAUACUGUCAGGGCCCACUACAACCUGUCAAAAAUCCGCAACUGGACAGACAUCAACCCUCAACUGUUCAAAGAACGUCCCGAGCUGCUAAGACUGUUAGUGGCCGCGUACUCGAAUAACAUUGACAACGUUGACGUUUACGUGGGGGGCAUGCUGGAGAGCUAUGGUGAGCCUGGACAACUGUUCAGAGCUGUCAUAAAAGAACAGUUCAUCAGGAUCAGAGCUGCGGAUCGGUUCUGGUUCGAAAACGAAGCCGAAGGGAUAUUCACAAAGAUGGAAAUAGAAGAAAUAAGAAAAAUCACGAUGUGGGACAUAAUCGUAAAUAGUACUGAUAUAGAAUCAGACGCUAUCCAGAAAAACGUGUUUUUCUGGAUGGAUGGAGAUCCGUGUCCGCAACCCAUGCAGCUCAACGUUUCUGAAAUGGAACCUUGCAAAAUCAUCACUGGUUAUGAUUAUUUUGAGGGCAAUGAACUAAUAUACAUCUACGCCUGCCUGUUCCUCGGCUUCGUCCCGAUCCUCUGCGCAGGCGCGGGCUACAGCGUUGUAAAAUUACAGAAUCGACAAAGAAGAAGGCUCAAAAUCAAACAGGAUGAAUUGAGAAAUGGCGAUGUUAAACUUCCAGUGGAUACUAUGAUAGUCCGGGAAUGGCUGCAUGCCAACCAUAAACGAGCUGUCAAAGUCAAGUUUGGUCCCGAUGCAGCGAUACAUAUUAUAGGCAGAAAAGGUGAAAAAUUGAGGACAAUCAAUCUGAAAAACUUAGACACGGUAACACUGGAAGAAUCUGUGGAUAUAACUUCCAAGAAAAAGCCUAUGAUAUUGAUCCACAUACCCAGAGAUCACGAUUUAGUAUUAGAGAUGGAAACUGUGGGAAUUAAGAAGAAGUUCAUGAAUAAACUCGAGCUAUUCUUGCAUCAAAGCAAAAAGAACAUAGAGCUUACUCAAGUGAUAAGAGAAAUUAUGCUAGCCAAAGCCGAGACAAGACAAAAGCGAGAAAACAAACUAGAAAGCUUCUUUAGAGAAGCGUACGCUUUAGCAUUCGGUCUAAGACCAGGAGAGAAAAGAAAGAAAUCUGAAGAUAACCUAAGCGGAGAAGUAGUUACAGUCAUGAGGACAUCGUUGACCAAAAGUGAAUUCGCCAGUGCUUUGGGCAUGAAGUCCGAUGCUGUUUUUGUACAGAAAAUGUUUAAUAUUGUGGAUAAAGAUGGAGACGGAAGGAUAUCUUUCCAAGAAUUCUUGGACACUGUGGUUCUGUUCUCAAGUGGAAAAACAGAGGACAAACUGAGCAUCAUUUUUGAUAUGUGCGAUAACGACAGAAAUGGAAUCAUAGAUAAAAUGGAGUUAUCAGAAAUGCUUAGAUCUUUGGUGGAAAUUGCUAGAACUACAAGUCUUUCAGAUGAUCACGUCACAGAGCUUAUUGAAGGAAUGUUUCAAGAUGCUGGCCUUGAAAGCAAGGAUUACCUAACCUACUCAGACUUCAAGCAAAUGAUGAGAGAAUACAAAGGCGACUUUGUAGCGAUAGGACUUGACUGUAAAGGAGCAAAGCAGAACUUUCUAGACACUUCUACAAACGUUGCCAGAAUGACUAAUUUCCAGAUAGAACCUUCUAUGGACGUGAAGAAGAACUACUUCAAGAGGAAAUGCGAUGCUGUGACCACUUUUCUCGAAGAGAAUAGGCAAAAUAUUUUUUAUUUGUUUAUAUUUUACGUUGUGACGAUAGCUCUCUUUGUGGAGAGAUUCAUACAUUACUCAUUCAUGACAGAACACACCGAUCUCCGUCACAUCAUGGGCGUAGGCAUAGCAAUUACCAGAGGUUCAGCUGCCUCUCUAUCAUUCUGUUACUCCAUACUCCUCUUGACCAUGUCCAGAAACCUCAUAACCAAACUUAAAGAGUUCUCCAUCCAUCAAUAUAUACCCCUUGAUGCCAAUAUCCAGUUCCAUAAGAUAGCCGCAUCAACUGCGCUGUUUUUCUCAUUACUCCACACAGUAGGUCACCUAGUGAACUUCUACCACGUCUCCACGCAACCUAUCGAGAACCUGAAAUGCCUCACGAGCGAGAUGAGCUUCCCGUCCGACUACAAGCCAGGCAUCGCCUUCUGGCUCUUCCAAACUGUCACCGGUAUCAGCGGCGUUCUGCUCUUCAUCAUCAUGUGCAUCAUCGUCAUCUUCGCGCAUCCCAUUGUCAGAAAGAAGGCGUACAAGUUCUUCUGGUUCACGCAUAGUCUUUACGUGUUGUUCUAUGGACUGUGUCUGGUGCAUGGACUGGCGCGUCUGACCGCUCCGCCGAGGUUUUGGUUGUAUUUCAUCGUUCCUGGGAUUAUAUUUGCUCUGGACAAGGUUGUAAGUUUAAGAACCAGAUAUAUCCCACUGGACGUCCUCGAAACAGAAUUAUUACCUUCCGACGUGAUCAAAAUAAAGUUUUACCGACCACCGAAUCUGAAAUACUUGUCAGGACAAUGGGUGAGAUUGGCCUGUACAGCCUUCAAAUGUAACGAAUUUCAUUCAUUUACUUUGACGUCAGCUCCGCACGAAAACUUCUUGUCUGUACACAUCAAAGCCCAAGGUCCUUGGACCUGGAAAUUAAGGAAUUACUUCGAAUCCUGUCACUACACUCCUGACGACCAACCAAAAAUCCUUCUGGAAGGACCUUUUGGAGGUGGAAAUCAAGAUUGGUACAAAUUCGAAGUUGCUGUAAUGGUGGGAGGUGGUAUUGGAGUGACCCCUUAUGCGUCUAUCUUAAAUGAUCUCGUUUUCGGAACUUCUACCAAUAGAUAUUCUGGAGUUGCUUGCAAAAAGGUAUACUUUUUGUGGAUAUGUCCAUCGCACAAGCAUUUUGAAUGGUUCAUCGAUGUUCUGAGGGACGUGGAGAAGAAAGAUGUAACUAACGUCCUCGAAAUACAUAUUUUCAUCACGCAGUUUUUCCAUAAGUUUGACUUGAGGACGACAAUGCUUUAUAUCUGCGAGAACCACUUCCAAAGAUUAUCUAAGACGUCCAUUUUCACCGGCUUGAAAGCAGUGAACCACUUUGGUCGGCCAGAUAUGACGUCAUUCCUGAAGUUUGUGCAAAAAAGACACAACUACGUGAGCAAGAUAGGUGUCUUUAGCUGUGGACCCAGACCCUUGACAAAAAGUGUAAUGUCAGCGUGUGACGAAGUCAACCAGGGUCGUAAACUGCCUUAUUUCAUACACCACUUCGAAAACUUUGGAUGAAUGUAGAGAUUAAUUGUAUAGUUGGUAUUUCUUUGUGUAUUUUUAUAAAUAAAUUAUUCAUUUUUCA